UGGGCGAUCCCCCGUGUAAGACUGAGGUGGAGGAGGACAUUGCAGGAGAUGUCACCACAGAUUAUUUCAGUAAAAAUAUUAAGGGCGAUACUAUAUUAUCAAUGAAUUAUCAAGAAGAAGAUGAAGAUAUCAUGCAGCGCUCCUCAGGAGAAAACCUCAUUACACUUAAUAUACACCCAGGACUUCACAGUACAGAUCUAUUAUAUAAUCCCCCUUAUGAGGAAGCUUCUAGUGACCAAUUACAGAUUACCACAAAUACAGGUCACAAAGGGGAUAAAAGGUUUCAGGGCGGUAAAGAUUCUAAAGAAAAUUCAAGACUUUCUACACACAGAAGAAUUCGCACUGCAGGGCAGUCGUACUGCUGUUUAGAAUGUGGGAAAUGUUUUACAAAAAAAUCACAUCUUGUUAUACAUGAGAGAAUUCACACAGGAGAAAAGCCAUAUUCAUGUUCAGAAUGUGGGAAAUGUUUUAUAGAUAAAUCCAAACUUGUUAUACAUAGGAGAAGUCACACAGGAGAGAAACCAUAUUCAUGUUCAGAAUGUGAGAACUGUUUUAAAUAUAAAUCAGAUCUUGUUAAACAUGAGAGAAGUCACACAGGGGAGAAUCCAUACUCAUGUUUAGAAUGUGGGAAAUGUUUUACAGAUAAAUCCAGUCUUGUUAGGCAUAACAAAAGUCACAAAGGAGAGAAGCCAUAUUUAUGUUCAGAAUGUGGGAAAUGUUAUGCAAGUAAAUUCCAUCUUGUUAUACAUGAGAGAAGUCACACAGGAGAGAAGCCAUAUUCAUGUUCACAAUGUGAAAAAAGUUUUAAAGAUAAAUCAAGUCUUGUUAAACAUCAGAAAAUUCACACAGGAGAGAAGCCAUAUUCAUGUUCAGAGUGUGAAAAAGGUUUUACUACUAAAGCCAGACUUAACAUUCAUCAGAGAAAUCACACAGGAGAAAAGCCAUAUUCAUGUUCAGAAUGUGGGAAAUGUUUUACAGAUAAAUCCAAUUUUGUUAGACAUAAGAGAAUUCACACAGGAGAGAAGCCAUAUUCUUGUUCAGAAUGUGGGAAAUGUUUUACAGAUCAAUCCAGUCUUGUUAUACAUAGGAGAAGUCACACAGGAGAGAAACCCUAUUCAUGUUCAGAAUGUGGUAAAUGUUUUACAGAUAACUCUAGUCUUGUUAAACAUAGGAGAAGUCACACAGGAGAGAAGCCAUAUUCAUGUUCAGAAUGUGGGAAAUGUUUUGCAGAUAAAUACAGUCUUGUUCAACAUAGGAGAAUUCAUACAGGAGAGAAACUAUAUUCAUGUUUGAAAUGUGAGAACUGUUUUAUAUAUAAAUCAGAUCUUGUUAAACAUGAGAGAAUUCACACAGGGGAGAAUCCAUAUUCAUGUUUAGAAUGUGGGAAAUGUUGUACAAGUAAAUUCCAUCUUGUUAUACAUGAGAGAAGUCACACAGGAGAGAAGCCAUAUUCAUGUUCACAAUGUGAAAAAUGUUUUAAAGAUAAAUCAGGUCUUGUUAAACAUGAGAAAACCCACACAGGAGAGAAGCCAUAUUCAUGUUCAGAGUGUGAGAAAUGUUUUAUCACUAAAGCCAAACUUAACAUUCAUCAGAGAAGUCACACAGGAGAAAAGCCAUAUUCAUGUUCAGAAUGUGGGAAAUGUUUUAAAGAUCAAUCCAGUCUUGUUAUACAUAGGAGAAGUCACACAGGAGAGAAGCCAUAUUCAUGUUCAGAGUGUGAGAAAUGUUUUACUACUAAAGCCAAACUUAACAUUCAUCAGAGAAGUCACACAGGAGAAAAGCCGUAUUCAUGUUCAGAAUGUGGGAAAUAUUUUUUAGAUAAAUAUCAUUUUGUUAGACAUAAGAGAAUUCAUACAGGUGAGAAGUCAUGAUGAUAUUUUAUAUGUUGAAACUGCUUUGUGAAAAGGAACUAAAAUUCUAAAGCUCACCAGAUCAGAAGAUACUAUAUUGUUUUUUAGAUAUGGGAAAUGCUAUAAGAGCAAAAAAUAUGUUUUUCAAACCCAUCUUAUUUUUGCUGUUGUGUAGCUAUUUUAGCUAAGAUUUGGCAAUAAAAAAUAUCUACCAAAUUG